CUGCAAACAGUCACGGUCCUGACUGACGCAGCGAACGACGGCCGCCGUUCUUCUCUCGCCGACGACGACGACGACAACGAGCGCCUACUUUGCGACUUUGCUCGAACCAGCCAACGAGCCAGCCAACGAGCUAGCCAGCCUACUACGACACUAGUUGGUUCAACAUUAGAAUAUCCAAACAUCAACAUAAUAAAGCUGGCCCGCGAGCGCGUCGCGUUGUGCCUCGCGGAUUUGUGUCGUCGCCACGUGUCGUCCUUGCCACCGGACCACCGGGAGUUUGGGAUCGCGAAUUGUACCACGGCCACGCCGCGUGUCGAUCGAACGAGGAUCGCGAAGGACGCGCGCGCCCCCACCGUGUCUGUGUGUCCUUGCCGCGAGGAAAGGAGAAUGACCAAAGUGUUGGCCCCUCGCUGGCGGCCCCUGACGACGUGUGUAGUGGAGUGAUUGUGUGUGUGUUUUUUCGAUGAUGACUCCCAUUAUGAGCCAGCAUUAACAAUCGGAACAACACCCCGGAUGUUCCGUGGCGGCCCGAUAAGAAGUGCAAGUGUUAAUUCCGUCGGAUAGACGGUGUGUGUGUGUGUGUGUGAAAACGGGGGAACUUUGGAGUUAGUAAUCAGGAUCGUGCAAAAACAUCAGACACCGUGACCGCGGCCACUCCCGAGAGAAAGAAAGCAAAAAAAGGAUAGUAGUGCGUGCGUGCGUGAUGUGUGGUGAUAAAGGUUUGCGCCAGUGAUAGCGUCGCAGCAUCGAAAGGAGUAUGAUUCAUAUAUCCACAAGGUACGGCCGCCGAUAGUGCUGCCGGCCUCUACCGUGAUGUCCUUUGCAUGCGCUUGUGUUUAAGAGGGAGAAAAGAGUGUUUUGUUUUGGGCAUGUAUCGAUAUACCGAUUGGGAGUGAGUGAUAAGAGAGAUAAUUCGAGAGAAAGAGUGAUAAAGUGUGAGAAAGAUAAUCGGAACAUAGCAGAGCACAUCCGGGCACCACUGAUCUGAUCACUCCUGAGUGUCACUGUCUUCAAGGAUCGAUCAUCUUCCUUGUUGUCAUUGUUGUUGUGAUUGUGUUGUUGUGUGUUGCUCCUCGCGCCCGUGUCUGUGUAUGUGUGUCCGGUUGUGGCAGCGGCAGCGACAACAGUAGCAGAAGAAAAAAAAAUGCAGAAACUUUAUCCGGAAAGUGCGAUCAACACGAGCAGUAGUGGUGGUAUGGUGGUGGGCGGUGGUGGUGGCGGCAGUGGUGGCAACAUGAGCCCAAUGACCAGCUCGUACAGCACCAUGAACCCAAUGGCGGGCAUGACGUCCAUCGGUGGUAUGACGUCCGUUUCGCCCCAGAGUGCGGCUGCAGCAGCGGCCGGCUUUGGUGCAUCGGUCCUGGGGAGUCCGGGCAUGGGCGGUAUGGGUGCGGCCAUGAACGGUAUGUCGGCCGGUAACUGUCUCACCUCGACACCACUCGGUUACAGCUCGAUGGGUUCACCGAUCAGUAACAUGGGCUCGUGUAUGGGCGGCAACGGUAUGAGCUCGAUGGCGGCCAUGUCCGGGUACGCGGGUGUAGCAGGAAGCCGCGAAGUGCUCGGUGAUCCCGGUUCACCGAACUCGGUUGCGCUGCAACGGGCACGCACCGAAAAACCGGCGGCCACGUACCGGCGGAACUACACGCACGCCAAACCCCCCUACUCCUACAUCUCGCUCAUCACGAUGGCCAUCCAGAACAACCCGCACAAGAUGCUGACGCUGGCCGAGAUCUACCAGUUCAUCAUGGAUCUGUUCCCGUUCUACCGGCAGAACCAGCAACGGUGGCAGAACUCGAUCCGCCAUUCGCUCAGCUUCAACGAUUGCUUCGUGAAGGUACCCCGGACACCGGACAAACCGGGCAAGGGUUCCUUCUGGACGCUGCAUCCCGAUUCGGGUAACAUGUUCGAGAACGGGUGCUACCUGCGGCGCCAGAAGCGGUUUAAGGACGAGAAGAAGGAGGUGCUACGAUCGCUGCACAAAAGUCCGGCCCACGGUGGGAGUCUCGAUGCGGUCAACAGCCCGGAUAAGAAGGAUCCCAAUGAGCAGGAUAACCAUCAUCAUCAUCAUCACCAUCACCAUCACGGUAGUCAUCGGUCGGAGCACGCGAAACUUGGUUCCGCCGGUGGCGAUACGCACGGCAUGCUCGGUAAUGGUGUUGGUGUGGGUGGUGGUGGUGGAGGAGGAGGAGGAGGAGGUGGUGGUGGUCUUGGCCACGGGAAGGAUGCGGACGCGCUGGCGAUGCUGCACGCAACGGCUGACCUUUGCCUGGCGCAGCAACAACAUAACCAACAUGGCGGCGGUGCGACGCAUCAUCAUCCGACGCAUCACCAUCACCAUCAUCAUCACCCGUCCCACCAGCAGCUGCAGCAGGAGGAGCUGACGGCGAUGGUCAACCGGUGUCAUCCGUCGCUGUUGGGCGAAUACCAUUCGAUGCACCUGAAACAGGAACCCGCCGGUUACACGCCCUCCAGUCACCCGUUCUCGAUUACGCGGCUACUGCCGACCGAGUCGAAGGCGGACAUUAAGAUGUACGAGAUGAGCCAGUACGCCGGGUACAAUGGGCUCAGUCCUCUGCCGAACUCGCAUGCCGCGGCGGCCGCCCUUGGGCAGGACUCGUACUACCACCAGAGUCUCGGCUAUCAUCACACCUCGGCCGGCACGACCAGCUUGUGA